AUGUGGUCCAAAACACCCUUCAAGUCGCGUCAACCGACCGACAACUCCACAGUAGCGGGAACGACGUCAGGGAUUCACAUGUCCUUUGCGGAUCACCCGCUCACACACCAGUAUGUCAAGCAAUUACCCAAGUUGCCAUCCGAGCCAAGCGGACCAGCAAGUGGUACAAAUGCCACCGCCGCUCUGCCGCUGGCGAAGAACAACCACGAGGACAAGCUGGAAGACUCUAGUGUGUCUCCGGCCAUCUCGCCUGAGCUUGGCCCACGUGCUCGCGACAGUGCAGGCAGUUUUUCUGUCUCAUCCCUGGGUGAUGACGACCUCAGGUCAGAGUAUUUUCAGGAUGCAUUCAGCGCGCCCAACCAUAAACUCGGCGCCCCAGUCCCAGCUCCUACGGUAAGCUCACGGCCAUCGCGGGAAAAGCUUGCGCACGAGGCGCCUCUGCCGACUCAGUUCCCGUCCACCACUCCGACACGCAAUGUACCUACCGGAGUGCAGGCAAAUGGUUCAGUCAAGAGCAUUGCAGGAUGGCAGGGUCAGGCUCGGCCACGUCACCAGGGUUUCCACAAGCCGUCCGGUUCUCACGCUACCAAUCUCCUGAAUUGGGGUCGUGAGCAGUUACAACCGAAGAAGAAGCACGAGCAGGGACGAAGUCGAAUUCCUAGCCGUUCUCGGAACGAGCCCGACUCAUCCCAAUACGGUUCAAGAUCCGCAGCACAAAGCAUGCCCUUUGUACAGCACGCCAGGCGGGAUACAUUUUCCCCGCCGCAGGAUGCCAACCUUGGCUUCGUGCCAACCGUGGUGACCACAAUUACUGCUGGACCUUCCAAAUCCUACCCGGCCAAACAGGUCACCGAGAGUACGAGCAAGGCUUCUUCUCCUCGACUAGAACCUCUGCCCAUCAUCGAUACAGCCGAGGGAUUUCUGCUGUCGACCGAGGCCGAGACAGAUACACCUCAACCCGCCGUGUCUGUGACCGCCAUGGAUGCCGCCGACGAUAACCCCCGUCGAAAUCACAGCUCUCAUGAACGAGACAUUGGAGAAUCGGAGGUCACUGAUGAUCGCGCGGACUCAAUCAUGUCACGCCGACGCCCGGUCCCCAUUGCGAUGCCGCCGACGUCAAAAAAACCCGUACGAAAGCCGAUUGCCCCGAAGGCGUCGCCCACCUCAACAAUAGCUGCCCAAACCGUGUCGAGUGAUGCUCCCAAGGACACCCUGGGCCGGAUUGAGGUGCUUGAGGCGCGACGGGAUGAGCUCGCAAAGCGCAGAUUCAACUUGGAGACGGUGAUCCGCGAAUUGACACGAGUCAUCCAGCCAACAUCAACCGUGUACGAUCUCGCCGCCAAGGCCGAGGUGAAGCGCAGCGUUCAAAGCAUUGAAAAUGAAAUUGCAGAGAUCAAGCGCGAGGAGCAUGAGCUUGGCUUAAAGGUCACUCGCGCGUGGAGAAGAUUGGACGAACGAGAGAACAACGGUGAUGGCAGUAAUUUGUGGGUCAAGCGAGUUACGAGCUAA